CGUGAAAGGAUCCUCAGGGAGCAGUGGGUCAAGGUCUCCGAACUGCUAAUCGUCUGCGAGGAGCUCUCCAAAUGCCAAGAGACAGAGGGUGUCAACGCCCUGAGCGAGUGCACGUGGUUGGCGAAGAAAUACACAGAUAUGAUAAAGAGCAGAGAACACAGGGUGCGU